AGGAGGUUUUCCUGGAUCCAGACACAGCUCAUCCCCGACUCAUGCUGUCCCAGGACUGCAGAAGUGUGAGAUGGACCGAAACACGGCAGAACCUUCCAUACAGAUCCGAGAGAUUUGAACGACUGCGCUGUGUGCUGGGCCGGGAGGGGUUCAGCGAGGGGAGACACUGCUGGGCAGUGGAGGGGGAGGUGGGUGAUGAGACACACUGGGCCAUGGGGGUGGCCGCUGAGUCUGUGUGGAGGAAGACAGCGAUCGCUCCCAGUCCUUUAGAAAAGAUCUGGGCUGUGCAGCAAAAGAAGGGAACGUUUAAGGUUCUCACAGCCUCUCGCAUCCGCUUGUCCUUGUCUCCAGUUCCCAAGAGGAUCUGGGUAGUUCUGGACUGCAUACUAGAGCAGGUGACAUUUGUCAGUGGCGCUAAUGGGGAUGAGAUCUUCACAUUCAGGGCAACCUCAUUCCCUGAGGAGAAGAUCUACCCUUGGUUGAUGGUGAAAAAAGGAGAAGUCCAUGUGUGCCCCAAGGCCAGCACCUUCCCAACAUCCUCACCCCAUCCCACCUCCCCUCCAGCCUCCGAGGCCUCCUACCCUUCUCCAGACACCCCUCUCGCUCCUCUCCUUGGUGCUGCAGGAGAAGAGACUCAGGUCAACUCUGCCCCAGCACAGGGACCGGCUAAUGACUGA